AUGCAGCUAGUUCCCAAAGAGAUCGAUAAAUUGGUGAUAUCGCAGUUGGGUCUUUUGGCCCAGCGCAGGCUUGCUAGGGGUGUGCGUCUGAAUCAUGCUGAGGCUACGGCUUUGAUUUCAUCGAAUCUACAAGAACUCAUCCGCGAUGGCAACCACACCGUCGCCGACCUCAUGUCCAUCGGCAAAACCAUGCUGGGACGCCGCCAUGUCCUUCCCUCUGUCAUAUUCAGUCUCGUAGAACUGCAAGUCGAAGGCACAUUCCCUACAGGGACAUACCUGGUAACCGUGCACCACCCCAUCAGCACCGACGACGGAGACCUCGAAAAGGCUCUGUAUGGAAGUUUCCUUCCCGUACCACCCAAAGAAGCAUUCCCAGACCCGGAUCCGGCUGAUUACAAGCCUGAGAAUCGGCCAGGGGCUGUAAUUAUCGUUAAAAAUUCGAGAAUUACGCUUAGCGAGGGUCGGAAACGGAUUAAGCUCGGGGUUACGAGUAAGGGUGAUCGGCCGAUUCAGGUUGGAUCGCAUUACCAUUUUAUUGAGACUAAUCCACAGCUCCAUUUUGAUCGCGAAAAGGCGUAUGGAUAUCGUCUGGAUAUCGCCGCUGGCACUUCCAUCCGAUUUGAGCCUGGUGAUACCAAAACAGUUACGUUGGUCGAGAUCGGCGGGAACAAAAWCAUCAGCGGUGGCAACUUUCUUGCUUCUGGCAAGGUAGAUAUCAGCCGCGUCGAAGAGAUUCUGACUCGGUUGCAACAAGCCGGAUUCGCGCAUGAGCCUGAACCAACCGCCGAUGCAAGCUUGAUUGCGCCUUUCUCAAUGGAACGCGAGGCAUACGUCCGCAUGUUCGGACCAACAACCGGCGAUCUUGUUCGGUUGGGCGCGACUAAUCUCUGGAUCAAAGUCGAGAAAGAUCUGACUUACUACGGCGAUGAAUGCAACUUUGGCGGCGGAAAGUCGCUGCGCGAAGGCAUGGGCCAGUCCUCCGGAAAGACGACCAAGGAAUGCGUGGAUACUGUCGUCACAAACGCUCUAAUCAUCGACUGGAGCGGUAUCUACAAAGCUGAUAUCGGUAUCAAGGAUGGUAUCAUUGUCGGAAUCGGCAAAGCUGGUAACCCGGAUGUCAUGGAUGGAGUGCAUCCGGAUCUUAUCGUGGGAUCGUCGACAGACGUGAUUGCUGCUGAGGGCAAGAUUGUGACUGCUGGUGGAUUCGAUACGCAUAUUCAUUUCAUUUGUCCUCAGCAGAUUAAUGAAGCCAUUUCGGCAGGUAUCACGACCAUGUUGGGCGGUGGAACGGGACCGAGUACUGGAAGCAACGCCACCACCUGCACGCCGGGACCAACGCACAUGCGUCAGAUGAUUCAGGCAUGCGAUUCCUUCCCAAUAAAUUUUGGAAUCACAGGCAAAGGAAAUGACAGCGGCAAGGAAAGUAUCCGUGAGCAAGCCAUCGCUGGAGCAGCCGGUAUGAAACUACACGAGGACUGGGGCAGCACACCGGCUGCGAUCGACACUUGUCUCGAAGUCUGCGACGAGUUUGACAUUCAAUGCAUGAUCCACACCGACACACUGAAUGAAUCCGGUUUCGUCGAACAGACAAUUCAAUCCUUUAAAAACCGCACAAUCCACACAUAUCACACCGAGGGUGCUGGCGGCGGGCACGCACCUGAUAUCAUCUCGGUGGUCGAGCACCCCAACGUGCUACCCAGUAGCACAAAUCCGACGCGGCCAUUCACCCUCAACACUCUCGAUGAACAUCUAGACAUGCUUAUGGUCUGCCACCAUCUCUCAAAAAAUAUCCCCGAAGACGUAGCUUUCGCUGAAAGCCGGAUUCGCAGCGAAACCAUCGCUGCAGAGGAUGUCCUCCACGACCUAGGCGCUAUUAGCAUGAUGUCCUCGGACUCGCAAGCAAUGGGUCGCUGCGGCGAAGUCAUCCUGCGUACAUGGAACACAGCUCAUAAAAACAAAGAGCAGCGCGGCGUGUUACCUGAGGACGAAGGUACGGGUGCUGACAAUUUCCGUGUUAAGCGAUACAUAAGUAAAUACACCAUCAACCCGGCUAUUGCGCAAGGAAUGAGCCAUUUGAUUGGUAGCGUCGAGGUGGGCAAGUUGGCUGAUUUGGUGUUGUGGACGCCGGACAAUUUUGGAACGAAGCCUAAACUUGUUGUUAAGGGGGGAAUGAUUGCGGUUGCGCAGAUGGGAGACCCUAAUGCAUCAAUCCCCACCGUUGAACCGGUGAUCAUGAGACCGCAAUUCGGCACAUUCGUCCCCUCAACAUCGAUAAUGUUUGUCUCGCAAGCAUCUAUAUCCCAAGGCGUGGUGCAAUCAUACAACCUCCGCAAACGCAUCGAGCCCGUUCGGAAUUGCCGUAAUGUUGGAAAAAAGGAUAUGAAGUUUAAUGACGUGAUGCCGAAGAUGAAGGUUGAUCCGGAGCGAUAUACUGUUGAGGCGGAUGGAAAGCUUUGUACGGCUGAGCCGGCGACGAAGUUGCCUUUGACGCAGCAGUAUUUUGUGUACUGA